UUUUUGGAUACGUGGUUGAUUUUUUUGGUUUUUCUUUUUCGUAGACUCAGCUGAAUUAUUGAAAAUAAUUUGCAAUAGGGUAAGUGAUGGAGAUAGACGAAACUACAAUAAUUAGACAAGACUGGAGAUUUGGACGUGAAGAUCUAAUUUCUUGCCAAUAUAGAGAACAAUAAAAGAAAGAUUAGUAGGGAAUCGGGACAAAAGAAUGGAUGGUUUCAUGGCUGUUCUCUGGUUCCUUUUCCCUUUGACUUUACUCUCGGCAAUGAUGAGGCUCGUAUCAAAAAGAGUCAACAAGCAUAAUCCACCAGGGCCGACGCCGUUGCCGAUCAUCGGAAACCUUCAUUUAGUCGGCAAUCUGCCCAACCAGUCCUUAGCCAAGCUUGCCAAAACUCAUGGCCCCCUUAUGAGUUUGAAGUUCGGGCAGGUAACCACCAUUGUAAUUUCAUCUUCAGCCAUUGCAAAAGAAGCAAUCCAGAAGCAAGAUUUGAAUUUCUCCAGCAGAUCAGUGCCGGACGGAAUCACAGCCCUCGACCAUCACGACUACUCUGUGGUUUGGCUACCGGUUCCGACCAAAUGGAGAACUCUCCGUCGAAUCAUGAACACUUACAUCUUCUCAGCCAGCCGGCUUGAUGGUAAUCAGCAGCUAAGAUCCAAAAAGGUUGAGGAUCUUAUCGCGUAUUGUGAACAGAGUCGUCAAACAGGGGAGGCUGUGGAUAUCGGCAGAGCUGCUUUCAGGACUUCCAUGAAUUUCCUGUCCAAUGUUAUAUUCUCCAAAGAUUUGGCUGACCCUUUGUCUGAUUCAGCAAAAGAAUUCAAAAAUGUUGUGUGGGAUGUCAUGGUGGAGGCCACCAGGCCUAACUUGGUUGAUUUUUUCCCUGUGCUCAGAAAGCUCGAUCCGCAGAGCGUUAGGCGUCGAAUGGCUGUUCAUUAUACUAAGAUUUUUGAGAUAAUGAGAGCUCUGAUCAGUGAAAGAGUAGAGAGCAAGAAAUCUGGAGGCUCAAACAUUGAUGUGCUAGAUGACCUGCUCUCUUUAUGUAAAGAAACUCCAGAGGAGGUUGACCGAGAUUUGAUCGAACACUUGUUCUUGGACAUGUUUAUUGCCGGGACGGAUACAACUUCAAAUACCGUGGAGUGGGGAAUGGCGCAGUUACUAAAAAAUCCUAAAGUUUUAAAGAAAGCUCAAGCGGAGCUUGAAGAAGUAAUUGGAAGAGGGAAGAAGUUAGAGGAAAGUGAUAUAGCCCGAUUGCCUUACUUGCAAUGCGUAGUGAAAGAAACCAUGAGACUCCAUCCGGCAGUUCCAUUCUUGAUCCGCAAAGUGGAGAAAGAUGUUAAGAUUUUCGACUACAUCCUGCCGGGAGGAUCACGAGUUUUAGUCAAUGUAUGGGCUAUUGGGCGGGAUGAAACGGCUUGGGAGGACGCUUCAGUGUUCAAGCCCGAGAGGUUCGUUGGAUCAGAUAUAGAUAUCCGGGGAAGAGAUUUUGAUUUGAUCCCAUUUGGAGCAGGACGAAGAACUUGUCCUGGAUUGUCGUUGGCGGUAAGGGCAGUUCCUGUAAUGAUCGGUUCGUUGAUAAAUAUGUUCGACUGGAAACUUGAAGGCGGCAUUAAGCGAGAAGAAUUAGAUCUUGACGAGAAGUUUGGCAUUACACUACAAAAGGCAAGGCCUCUACGAGCUGUGCCUGUUGGCCUUAAGAUAUGAAUCUAUCUGCAUUUGAACCUAAAGCUGCAUAUGGCGUGAUGUUAUCAUAAAUUUGUUGUUAUUGUUGUACUUCCAACUCCAAGAGUGGGUAACCGGAGCCACUCUUGAUUGCGCAUAAUAAUGUAAUUUAUGCUUCGAUGCACCUUAUAAUAAAAUGUUUACUUUCAACUGAAUGAUUCAGGCA